AAAUAAACCAGGGGACGGUGGUAUCGACAUAUUUGGGGGACUUGGAGGAAAUACCAUCGUGAUUCAAUGCAAGGCUCAUAAACAGAAAAUCGGUAAUGGAGUAAAAAUCGUACGUGAAUUAGAAGGUGUAUUAACUAGAUACCAUAAAGAUACUAUUGGUGUUAUAGUUGCUCCUUCUAAAAAUAAAUUUACCACAAGGUCAGAAGAAAGAGCUGAAACAUCUGGAUAUAAUGUCAUCCUAACGGAUAAAACAAAUAUAUGUUCGGAUUUGAUUAAAUAUAUUGAUUCUCAAAAAGUUAUCGAGAUUCAACUGGUCAAAAGUUCUAAUAAUAA